UUAAUGUUUUUGAUAAGGAAAGGACUUCCUUACGAGUGGGUUCAAUUGAUAAUAUCGAACAGUGUGAUAGGUCAAUAAAGAUUUCACUUAGCAAUACGUUUAUUCAUAAAAACUGAUAAGUCGGGUACUUUUUUUUCUUAUUCAUUUAUCUGCGUUUAAAAAAAUUCCACAAAAUGAAAGAGAAAUGUCGUAGAUCGGAGACAUCCUGUAUCAAUAUAGUUUUACAAAAGAAAUGUGAAUCCCCACAAAAAAAUACGAUGAUCCAACAAAAACGAUUCUGUAAAAUAAAAUAAAACAAAAAUCCUUGAUGAACUUAAUUAAUGAUUGAAGUGAAGGUUUGUAGUUCAGUGUCAAAUCAGUUGUUAUUUAGCAAUAAUCUGUGACCCCUAAAACCUCCGCUUUAAAACGCUAUUCGUUGAUAUAAAGGUAGUUCCCCAGUGUAGGUAUCUCUGUGUACUUUAAUUUUUAGUAAGAGAGAGAGUACGGUGAAUAACCACGUUAAAAGCGUGCUGUUUUGAGGAAAAGUGGGGGCAAUUGGUAUUUAAGCUUGACAACAGCUGCAACAUUUAAGUUAUUAUAAAACCGUUUGAUUUCGCAAAAGUUGAGGUUUCAAAUUUAAAUUAAAAUUAUGGUUGUGCCAACAGAUCGAGUAUCUUCGUACGAAAAAAAAUCAUCCUCAAAUAAAUUUGUUGGUAAUUCACAGUCAGUUACAAUUUCGGAGAAUGUUUCCGUAAUAAAAGUGAUUGGAAAUUUGUGUACGAUUAAUGUGUUUCGUAACGAUGGUUGUAUUAAAAUUGUUGGUGAUGGAUGUAAAGUUUCGGUUCAAAGUGGUUGUGGUAGGAUAAAUUACGUUGGAAAUAAUGGUUACAUUGAGUUGGGCGACCACUUCGAUGAAAGAAAUAUUCAAUACGUUGGAAAUAAUGGAAAGAUUUUUCAAAAAGUUCAAGGAAAGUUAGAAGAAAAAAGCUUCUGUGCAACGAAAAAUAGUGUUUCUGUUAACAACGUUGUUAAUUUAAAUAAUCAAUCGUCAAUUCAUUUAGGAUAUAGUCGAAAAAUUAAUGUUCCUUACUACGAAAUUAGCAUAGCAAAUUUAAAAAUUCAUAAAAAACGUUAAUUAUUAAUUAAUUAAAUUAAUAAUUUUAUUUGCAUUAAAUUAAUCUAGUCAAUAAGUAUUAUUUAAAUGUAUCGCCAAAGUUCUUUUUUGGCUGUGAUUUCCACGACGCUAUUAUUUAUUAUAUCCCUACAAUAAAUUUUAUUUAUUGCCAUACAAUAAACUUUAAACAAUCCUUUUUUAUCUAA